AUAAUAACAACAACAAUACUAAUACUAAUAAACAGGGAGUGGUUUGGACCAGUCGUUGGUCUGACAGAGCCUGUGUGGACAGCUGUCAUUGGUUAAGCAGCAUGUCUGUCCUGUGAGUGUGUGUCAGUGUGUGUGACAGAGCGCCGCCUGUCUCUCAGUAACAGGACCAGAUAAGAGUGUGGGCAGCAGCAUGGGCUCCAGCAGCAGCAGCAGCUACAUGAGAAACAUCCCACAAGCCCAGGUGCUCAUUCAUGAAACUGGCUUCUCAGCUGCUCACCUCCUCCGUCUGUAUGAGAGGUUCCAGUUCUUGGACAAAGGCUCCACCGGAGAGCUGCGAGCUCAGGAUUUUACAGCCAUCCCAUCAUUGGCCUUGAACCCCAUUGGGGACAGAAUCAUCGGUUCCUUCUUUCCUCCAGGACAGGAAAAACUGGACUUUCCCUCCUUUGUUCGAAUUAUGGCUCAUUUCCGUCCUACUGAUCCGAACCGCAGCAGAGACGGAACACAGCUGGAGCCAGUCAACAGCAGAAACAAGAAACUGAGAUUUGCCUUCCAGUUGUACGAUCAGAAUGGGGAUGGAAACAUUUCGAGAGCAGAACUUCUCCAGGUGCUACGGGCUAUGCUGGGGGUUCAAGUGCCAGAGGAGCAGCUGCAGAGCAUUGCUGAACGAGCAAUCCAGGAAGCAGACCUGGACAAAGACAACGUCAUCUCCUUCGAUGAGUUCAGGAAGUCACUAGAGAAAGUGAACAUCGAUCAAUUGAUGAGCAUUCGCUUUCUGAAAUAAAUGCUGACGUCAUCGGUGUCAACGUUUGAAAGAGAGCGAGAGAACGAGAAAGACGGAGAAAGAAAGAAAGAAAAAAGUAAGUAAAGCAGGUUCAGUCAUUCAAUACACCUGCAAGCCAACAGAGGGCGACGGAGAACCAUAACAUUCUGCAGGAAUGUCUUUCCGGAGAAAGUGAAUGCACAACGACAAAUAAAACUUAAGAAACUGC